AUGUUUGCCAACCAUGAGUAUUCUGGGCAUGACUCGAUUGAAUUGUACGUUAUGCUCCAAGAUCCUCAGUUGUCACAACCAAUUGAGUCACAAGUGGUUGAUCCCAUCGAAGCCGAACUAGCUGAAGUAGAUGUCGUUGAAGAAGAAGAGGAAGAUGAAGAGUUAAAGUUUGAUAACAUGGUCAACGAUGAUUCUGAAGACGAUGUGCUACUUGAAAUACCUCCAAAUGAAAUCUACACACCACCUUCGCACAUGAAAAACUUCAACAUGGGCGAAUAUGAACCGUCAUCAGAUAUUUUCAACAACCCUUAUAUGCAGUCAGAUGAAAAUUUAAAAGAGAAAGACAAAUUUUCUUUAAAAGAAAAAUGUGUGCGAGCUGUAAAAAAGCUCACCGCAUCAUACAGGAUGAGAAGUGAUUGUUGGGUGAUAGGCUUUAUGUCCACCCACACUUGCGUUAAUUCUACUGCAUCGGAAGAUCAUCGUAAACUAAGUUAUGAUCUAGUAUCUCAAGAAAUUUAUCCACUCAUCAGCAAUGAUCCGUCUGUGAAGGUGAAAACAAUAAUCUCCGACAUCGCUAUUGUCUAUAACUACACUCCCUCAUACAGGAAGGCAUGGUUAGCAAAGACAAAGGCUAUUGAAAAGUUAUACAGAAACUGGGAGGAUUCAUACAAAGAAUUAUCGCGCUACAUGCAUGCACUUCGCACGUAUUCUCCUGGAACAGUUUAUAUUAUGCUAACAUUGCCUGCAUAUGCCCCGAACGAAUCUUGUGUCAACGAAUAUGGAAUAUUUUGUCGACUGUUCUGGCCUUUUCAACCUUGCAUCACAGGAUUUGCAUCCUGCAAGCCUAUUAUUCAGAUAUAUGGAACGUGGUUGUUCGGUGAAUAUAAAGACAGGCUACUCAUGGCAGUUGCAUAA